AUCCUGAACCCUGCUCAUACCCCAGGUGUGUACCCACCACAAGAUCCUUCCACCGCCACGGUGGGAAAUCGCCGCUCAGUUCCCACCCCCACGGUGGGAACUAGUGCAUUUUCCUACCGCUACCGUGGGAACCGGUUUAUUUUCCUACCACCACUGUGGAAACCAGUCUAUUUUCCCACCGCUAGUGAGAGCCUCGUCUUUCCAUCAACAAUUCCACUCCCCUCUGUCAAACAAGAUGCCAUUCAGCAUAUUCUCUGGCACGGAGAAACUUUUCCAUGUCAUUGAACUCCCUUCCAGUCACUCCCCAGACCGUCACCCGCAUGAAACACUGCGAACUAGCCUACUUUUUCUCCGCCUGCACCAUCCCAAACUCUACCCCUCAGAUAACAUAAUCGAUUGCGCGCAAAGACUCAAGAAUGUGCUCUCUGCCCCGCUGGUCAAGAAGGAUGCUUCCACGAGUCAGAUUUUGAGGGCUGUUGCUUUGUGCAAGCGAGAGCUCUUGGAAGCUGACAGCCUCGAGAUGGCGGCUUACACCGAAGGAGGGAAACUAGCUAUCAUUGCGCUUCAUGUAGUCUCGCCUGGGCAUCGAGCCAAGUUCUUGGAUCGAAUGAAAGAAAUCCCCAUCGUCGAGAUAAGACAAUUGUUCGCGGUCCUAGCCACGAUCCAGCCACACAAAUCUUUCACCGAAUACAUUGACCUUGAGAUCACCGACCAUCAGGUGAAUAAAACCCAAAUCCGCUCACAAACUACCCUCUUGACCAGACGGAAGGCCCCUUCCAGUGAUGAAGGUGGUGAUCGGGUCAAAAGGAAAAGGAGAGGGAAGAUGGGGCAGCGGGGUGGUAAUCCUUCACUGCCGGAUGAAGAGGCGGUCGGGAACCAAGGCUCUGGUGGUAGUCUACGCGCCAAUUCUGACUCGAUCCUACCUGACCCCCCCGGCAUCUCCAACGUUGCCGUGCUCGCGCCUCCACCUGAACAUCGGCAGAGUCCGUUCGCCGACAGCCAUUCACAUACCGUUAACGGAAGCCCAAUUGGUACCUCACUGCCGUUGCCGCCAGAUGUUUCCCAAUAUCCCAGGCUCAUGCAGAACGCCGCAGCUAGAUUCAGGUCUAUGCGAGAUGCGCUUGAGAUGAAUCCAGGCGUGAAUGCAUUCGGAGAUGGCUGGAUUGGACUAGGGGCUUUACGUGACCGUGGAGUGUUUCGUGAUCCCUUCUCUCAAAGCAUCAUUCCCUAUGAAUGGCGCGGAGUAGCUCUCCAAGUGGUGGAGGGGUUCAUGUCCUGGGAGAAAAACCAAGACAUUUGUGUCAGCAUAUACAGUCAUCUCCUGCAAACUGCGACCCAAUCCUUGCCACUUCAAGCCCUGUCGAUCUUCACGAAUGACAGGAUCGCAAACGCAACGAAAUCUAUUGAUGUUAUAGAUUUCUGGGAGGAAGGGACUAAGAUUUACAGGAUUACUCUGUACAUCGAGAGGGAUCCUUCCAUUUUCCAAGAGAUCUUCCUCUUAGAUAGCUCUAGCAACCCCUGAAGGACCCCGAAAUAUUGUCACAGUUAUACCACUUGGAAGUUCAAUUUGCCCAUCGCCACUUGCUUGCCAAUCCAACGGAUGUGGGUCGUCGAGCGCGUAAAACACCACCUGCGCACAGCCCUUGCAAUAUAAUAUAGUCAAGCUUGCUGAUGAAAAUUCGUAGAACAUAGGGCGUUCGGCCGAAUCGAAGAAGUUGUCAGGCACUUCUAAGCUCUUCCAAGCGUCCUUCUACAACUUGGUUACUAAACAGGCAGUGUAAAACUUGGCGGUGGGCUCAUACCAAUUUCUGUGUCAACUUAUCGCGGUCUACGUCCGCCAUGGUAUGUCACUUGCGUCUCGCCGUCUCGGUUUAUAUCACAAGUUUCGCAUCGUCGAUCCUG